AGACAUAGACGAGCUGUCUGAGUUGUCAGAGCGCUACUCUGCGUCGUCUUCAGAGCGCUACGACUCUGACUCUGACUCUGACGUUAAUCACUGCACCGCUGGCAGCAGUGACACCAGGAAUCACUGCACCGCUGGCAGCAGUGACGCAGUGACUCACUGUACCGCUGGCAGCAGUGACGACGAGCUUGCGUCGCACAACUCAUCUGCAUCAUCACGAUCCGAGAUCAACGUUUAUUCGGUGUCAUCAGCCAAGAUCUUCCGUAGAUCAUCGAACGAUCAUCCUUCCGAUCUUUCUACUGUAAAGAUCGCCUCUCAAACUAAUUCGACGCACAACCGAAAAUAUUCAUUAAAUAAUUCGCUCCCUGACCAAAACCAGUCAAAUUCUUCUAGCCUGCAAACUUCAAAUUAUUCAUCACCAUCACGCCCAAAAAUUCAGAAACCUCUGUCGACCAAACUAAAAAUUACAAAACCUUCAGGAAAUUCAGUGUUUCUUUCAAAAAAAUCACAAGUAAAGAAGACGACGAGCAUUCCUGAUGUAGAUGCAAGUAUUUUAAGUCCUCCCACGGAGGUACCAGGCCCCGAGGACGACGCCCCCAGCAGGAGCGAGAGCGUCGCCAUAACCGACCCCCCCGACGACCUGACGGUCACUGAGGGGAGAACCGCCAGGCUCGUGUGUACAGUCGCCGCCAGAGGGCCUGUUGGGGUGAGUUGGUACCACGACGGGACGAUGCUGGGACGUGGCGGGGGACGUACGGUGGGCGGCAGGGACGGCGCCGUUCACCGCCUGGACGUGCUGGAAGUGGACGGUGCAGUGGCGGGGCGGUACAGUGUAGCGGCGUACACUGCACAGCACUGCGUGUGGCAACACUGCACACUGCGUGUCAGAGCCUCGUCGAAGCCUCGCAGGCCUCCCCGUGUGGUGAGGCCUCUUCGCCGGGUGCUGGGCCAAUCCCCACAACAUGGGGGUAACGGGGACGAAAAAUUACCAGUAUCUGGGCACCACGACAACGUUGACCAAGUUCCAUCCCCUGGGGAUGAAUUACCUCAACCGCUUGGGGAAUUCGGUGGAGAUCCAACCAAACCUGCUGGGGAUGAUGAGUUUUUAGUCCUCGAGUGUCAGGUCGCUGGGCAUCCUGAACCCCACGUGGUGUUCAGGGCUGGGGAAACUAUCCUCACUCACAACCCCCCUGCAACCCGCAUUGCGGGUGACCAGUACGGGUCAUGGGAGGUACGGGUGAAAGCGGCCGUACUCACGCUGGGGGACGUUAGUGCAACGGCCAUCAGCUCGGAAGGGACCGUCAUCACGACCUGGGAUGGUGUCACCACCACUUGUGAUGGUGUUAUCACCUCCUGUAAUGGUAUCACCAACCACCCUCACCACUCGUCUCACCAUAGCCAGCAGUCUCCCGCCACAUCUCACCACCGCGACCGCUGCCGCGCAACUGAACAGCUGCAGCCACACGCAGCUGCCGCAGCUGACGACGCCACGCCGACAGACGAGCAUGACUCAGCUAUUUUCAUCGCUCAACCCCAACCUGUUUUGAGUGACGUGAGUGGCAAAGACGACCUCACGUCGAACGUCACUGACGACGACGAUGAACUGCUCUCGUCCAAGAGUCGCGACCUGACGCGUUACCGACGUGAUUAUUACGUCGCUAACACGUCAUUAAAAGAGACGUGCACGUCGUCAUGGCUACGCAGUGAUAACGAAGCUUCCGUUAACGUCAAUGACGUAAGAAAGAGGGACGAAUCGACGACGAGAGAUGACGAAGAAAGGACGAGAGAACGCUGCGCAGGCGACAUGGGGAAGGAGUCACCGUCUGAGCCGGCAUGCGUGGGGCGCGCCGUUGCGCGUCUGCAGCAAGCGAUGACCCCCGCAGGGGGCAGACCCUCCCCCGCCGCCCCCUCCCGCCUCUUCAACCCUACCCCUGUGGGGGGGCCGCGGCAUGUCAUCUACAGCUCACAUGAGGCGCUCAAUCCUGGCGCAGGCACCGCCCUGCCGACCUCCAGGGCGAGCCUCUGGCGCACCGUCAGCGUCGACGCUCUGCAGAAAAACUUCGAGAGCCUCAGCCGAGGCUCUGACGACCGUAGGGCGACCCUAACUCGGCCUUACACUAGAGCCCUGGGCCCGAGAACUUUGGCCUCUGAGAACCUGGAAACGGUUGAUAGAAAUAACCUGGAAACGGUUGACAGAAAUAACCUGGAGACCGUUGACAGACAUAACCUGGAGACGGUUGACAGACACAACGGUUCUGUGAAGACCACGUCAGGUCUGUACAGGAAACACGUCGUCAACAGGAGCAGCAGCAACAGCUUCAUCAACAGAAGCAGCCAUACCUCUAACAGGAACAACAGACUACGUCGCAGUUCUAGCGUAGACAAGAACAGUUUCGCGUCUCAAUACGAAGGACUUCGUUUGUCUUUUGGGAGUCCUUUGGGACACUCGAAUAGCAUGGGACACGUCCCUCUUGGGGACUUGGAAGAUGGGGACGGAGACUGGAACUCGACGUCCCAGCGAUACCGCAGCCUGGAGAAUUUCAGCGACUCGCAUAUCCUGUCACACGCGGCCGGAGGAGUAGGUGGGGCAAGGGUGGGGCGUCGCUGGAUGAGUGUUGGGGCAGCGCUCGACCUUCCCCAAGACCCGGGGCUGCUGCAGCUCCCCUCCGUGAGGGAACUCGCGUCUAAGUUUGACAGUCUGGGGGCGGUGACCCCUAUUUUGCAGCGACGUGCAGUGAAGGAAGCAAAAGCUACGGGCGCCGCCCCUACAGACGCCCUCCGUAGGGACGCUCCUACAGACGGGGGAGGUCGUCCUGCGAGACGCUUCAAGGAGGUUCACAGCUUAACGGCACGCAGCGUGCCCCGCGUGUUCAGGGAGGGCUUGAAAAACCAUCGCCCCCGCCCCCCAAACCGGAAUGUUUUGGGGGACCUUGUGAGGGGUGAACCCCCAACUACCGAUGACGUCACCCAUCACUCACCCAACCACCAUCACUCACCCAACUACCAUCACCACUACUCACCCACAGCCUCGACUUACUAUAACUUCACCACAAACCAAUCUGUUCAACCUGCCUUCAAGGGUGGUGAUUUCACCCCCAACGAAGGGGGAAUUUCUGCUGGGGUAGAACCUCCCCACCACCAUCACCAUCAUCAUUAUCAUCAUCACUUAAUGGAUCAUCUUGUGAACUCUUCCUCACCCCACCAUCACCCUCACCACCUUCAUCAUCAUCACCCCCAACUUGAAGAGGAAUUGAUGGGCAACGGGGAAUAUUGGUCCCACUUGGGGAAUGGGGGUGUGCAUGAACGGCCCAUGGGGAAUGGGGGUCAACAUGUAUAUUCCCCCAUUCCCUUGGGGAAUGUGGGAUCGGUCAUUGGGGUUCCUUGGGGGAAUUCAAGCGAUCGUUCAUUGGGGGAGGCAGUUCGGGAUCGGUCCCCAGACCAUUUAGGGAUCCCCGGGUCCCGGGCCCAACUUGUCGCCGGUCCCAGACUCCCCAUGAUGGGGGACGACACUAGUGACGAGAGUCCCACUUCAUCCCCAGCAGCGUCCCGGUCCCACAGGAGGGCAGUGCGCUCCUGCAGCAGCAGCGCGCGCUAAAGGUCCU